AUGACCACCGCUGCGACAGCUCCGUUCGAUUUCCAGCCCCACAUUAUCCGGCAAGAAGGCUUCACGCCUCCCCCAUUGUCAGGACAUACCCCACCACCGUUUGGAGGAAUGCCAUCUCACUACGGCCACCCGGAUCUCAAUGACGAACUCGCCAGUCUCAUGAGCAAUGAGCGUAGCACUCAAAGCCCCGGCUCUGCAUACGAGUCUGACAAUUCCGGCUAUCGACCUCACACGCACAAUAUUUUCGAUAUCAGCGCUCCCUCGACUGCCCACCAUCACCACAAUUCACAUUCUCACCACCACGUCGGCUCCGCGAGCUCAACAUCAUCAUCUUUCCCGUCCCACUUCUCUCUUCCCAACAACAAUGGCAGCAAUGCGAGCAACGGGAGUGGCUCGCCUGGCUUGGAUGGGCAUGGACCACAAUACACGGCCAAUUUCAACUCGACUUUGCCUGCGAUUAACAGCAGCAUGCGUUAUGACCCACACCCGCCGUAUAUCCCUUCGCCGUCGUCUUUCCGCUCUCCCUCGCCGCAUUCCCAUCAACAUUCGAGAAGUCGUUCCCGCAGUAGACCCCCAUCCUCCCAUUUGGCCUCAACCCCAGCUGGAGGCCCUACCAGAACAACGAGAACACGACGCAAUGGAUCGAUCAGCAGCACUUCGCCGCCUCCCCGCCCCGUCCCUCAAGCUAUCGUCAUUCCUGGCUCUAAUGGAAACCGAGGGUAUACACAGGGCUGGUUCGGCCCUGACUAUCCACACGCAACACCUGAAUCUCUCCCUUCUCUAACAUCGCUCCCUUCCCUCCCAUCGCUGGGAAGCCUCAAUUCGAUUCACUCACACCAACACAUUGGCUCACCCCACUCCCUCCACUCUCCCCAUACUCUUAACUCUCCUCACCCAUUCCACCAACACCACUCCACGUACCCUGCCAGCAACCCUAACAACUACGGUAGUCCUGUCGAGACCAAAUUCGGCGGAAUGGCCCUGAACGGCGGCUUGGCCGGUAGCCUGGGAAAUGGCGGUCAAAUCCACGGAGGUAUGCCUGCGAGCUUACCAUCUACGACACCGCAAACAAACGGCGCACCUGAGCCGACGGCGAAGCAAACUGUCUCGGACAAAGCCGCAUUGCUUGCCAAUGAAAAGCGGCGUCGUCGUAGGGAAAGUCAUAACGCAGUUGAGCGAAGACGGCGGGACAAUAUCAACGAGAAGAUCAGCGAAUUGGCGACGCUGAUUCCCGAAUGUAUGCUUGAAGAAGGGACCACGGCUUCAGGCAAAGGUGGAAAGGAUGCGGAUGAGAAGGAAGAUUCUAAAGACGGUGUCAAGGACGGUGGCAGUCCCACAUCUGCUAACGCCACAGUCGUCAAAGCCAACAAGGGCAUGAUCUUACGCAAGAGCGUUGAGUACAUUCGAUACCUGCAACAGCUAGUCACUGCUCAAGGUGCCCGGAACCGUGAACUCGAAGAGCAACUCAAGGGUCUUGGCUUCCGUGGAUCGAGUGCCUCUGGCAGCGAAGCUUCUCCACCACCUUCUCUGAGCGACACCAACGAGUUGCUAAAUGGCUCUGGGCUGGGGCUCGGCCUGGGAGUCUGGGGCCUUGCCAGUAUGCCCGAGGACGACGAUGUAGAUGUGGACGGACUAUUGAAGGGAGAGGGCGAGCUUCACACGCUUGAUUCAAUGAUAGGCAUGGACAUUGAAGACGACCUGUCGAUGGAGGACAAGCAACAACUACAAAGAGAGCGGGGAAGGAAAGCAACCAGGGGCGCUGUCGGCCUGGUGAAGAACAAAGUUUCGCCCAGAAAGACCAAGAAGCUCGCGCCAGACGACGAUGGCGAAGACAGCGACCUGAGCGACAGUAUGGAUGUCUGA